CAGCGGUUGGCACACUGGCCAACAGCGCUAUAAGCACAGCGCCUAAACACAGCGCGACAAGCUGCCUAAAUCCACGCACGAGCAGCUGUCAAUACACGCCACGCACGCCGUAGCCGGCAAUCGACCGCGGGCAGCGCCACCAGACACACCAAGCGAAGCGAUGGCUCCCUUGGCCCCCGUCCCGCGCGCCCGGCGGCCGCCGCCGGACGUGCCCGUCUAUGACGUGAACGACUCGCGACCGGCGUCGGCGGCCCCGUCGGAGCACUUCGCGGACCCGCCGGACGUGACUAUUAGUACUGGCGUCGGGAUGCGGGGCGAGCUCUCGUUCCCCAAAUUAUUAAGGGUCGAGGGCCACUUCGCGGGCACGCUGACGUGUGGCGGCGACGUGGUCAUCGCGCCGGGCGGCACGCUCGAGGCGGACGUCGACAACGCGAACGGGUAUCUGUUAGUGGAGGGUACGGUGCUCGGCAACGUCAACGCGCGAAGGGUGCAGAUCGCGGCGACGGGGCGCGUCUUCGGGGACAUCACGUGCAAUUCUUUUAUAAUUGCGCCGGGCGCGGUGGUCAUCGGAGCCUGCCAGGUGCGGCCCGAGCCGCCGGAGAAGAACCUUGGGUAGACACAUAAGUACAAUUUACUCGCU